CAAACUUUAUAGCCAGAAGAUAGAUGUGUAUAUCUUUUUUUUGUCACUAGUGAAAUGAAUUUAAAUCAGUGAGCUGUGCAUAUAUUGGAUGGUUGUGAGAGCUAUCGCACGAACCAGCUAUCAACCAGGCGUUACACGUACUAAUACAGCUUUGCUUGUAGCCGAUGCGUUCUAUCAUCUUUUGCAAUGCGUGUGUCACGAUAUUAUCAUUUUUUUUUAUUUAACUUGUUUACGUGCAUUUCUGUUUGGGGAAAAAGAUUUUUGAAAAGAUGCUUUUUUUUUGUCAAUAAAUUCGAGGCCAAAUGCUCUCUCAUCUCUUCACAAAAACAUUUGAUAUCUUUGCUCUUGCUCUUGCAGCCUCUCUCUUGCUCGCUCUUGCGUUGCACGUUUGCUUGCUUUGCCACCAUGUCUCAGGAGGAGCAGCGCCAUGGCCGCCAGCUGCCGCUAGCUACGAGUGGCGUCAUCACCUUCAACGGCGUGCCGCUCUCGCCGCUGACCGCCGGCGCCGAGAGCGACGGCGACGACGACGACGUCGUCAUCGUCGACGCGUGUAAUAACGGGAAGAGGAAGGUCGGUGAUGGGGAAGAAGAAGGGCGCGGAUCCCAGGGCGGCGACGACGACGACGACGUCGUAGCUGUCCACGGCGGCGGCGGCGGCGGCGGCAACCGGGCGUGCAUGUUCGCGGUGCGGGAGCGGGAGAGGCGGAGGCGGAUGAACGACAUGUUCGCCGGCAUCCGCCGCCUCGUCCCCAACCUCCCGGAGAAGAGCAGCAGGGUGGAAAUCAUUGAUGGCGCGAUCGCUUACAUCAAGAUGCUGCAGGGGGAGGAGGUCAGGAUGGAGGCGCAAAAGCAGGAGCUCCAGCGCGAGCGAGACCGCCUGGCAAUGGAGGUGGCGGCGGCCGCCGGGGGCGCGGGGGCCUCCUCCUCCUCCUCGUCCGCCGCGGCGGCGGCGGUGACGGUGGCGGCGUACGGCCCCGCCGGCGCGGUGGGCUCCUCCUCCUCCUCGGCCGCCGCGGCGGCGCGCGCCAACACCGUCGUCCCAGUCCCACAGAGGGCGGCGCGCGGCGCCACGGCGCCGACGCCGCGUCCGGUCGCGCCGCCGCAGGCCGGGACGUGGCCUCUCCCGGCGCCCGCGGCGAUGCCGCCGCCGCCGCCACCACCCACGGGCGCCGCGGCGGUCGCGCCGCCGCCGUCGCUCAAGACGUGGUCGUGGGGCGACAACGUCGUGGUCAGCGUGCUCGGCAACAUCGGGAACAUGACCGUGCGCGCGCCGCUGCGCCGCACCGGCGUGCUCGCCAUGGCGUCCGCCGCGCUGAAGAGGUACAACAUCACGGCAGUGACGUCGCUGAGCGGGACCGACGCUUCCCGGACCCAGAACAUGUUCAUGUUCUACACUAUUAUCGAUAUGCCGGACAGGCAGCCCCAGUUUGUGCACCCCAAGGUGUUCGAGGCCAUGUACAGAGCGGCGGCCGCCGAGAUCGCGGCCUGGAUCAACUGCUACUGAUCGAGAAAAGCCCACCACCGCCGGCAAGAACGAUCCCAAUAGGGAAGAUUCAGUUCGGCUACCUGCCUACCUCCAUUGCAUCGAUGAUCUCACCAGUGUGGUCGCAUGCAUCUCUGCAGUUAAUUAUCGUUUGGUUUGGUUUGAGCAUUCGGCUCCUCUUCCUCAUAUCAGUCCAGUGUCGCGUCAAAACUGAAGCAGUUGGAUUAGAUUUUGGGUUGUUUCUGAAUAAUGUUGGCGUGUGUGCAGCUAGCAUAGCAGGGAUGGUGUGUGCAACGUCGUCACUGAAUAUGUUGCUGCAGAACAUUUUAGUCCAUUUUUAAUUUGGUGUGGUUUGCUUUCCAAUAAUAAAUUAACAUUGUGAGGUUUGCUGUCA